AUGAAUUCGUCGAUACCAGUUUUUGAAAAACCUCAUCCAAAAAUCACCGUACUAGAUUGGACACGAAAUAUUCAAAGACUUCAGAAUGAGGCUAGAGUGCGUAGAUUCGAAUCGUACGAACUAAGACAGAGAGCAAAUCAACUUCGUAAUGAGACCUCCGUUACUACUUAUUGGGAUAACUACAUGAAUAAUGAGCUAUUAAGGGACAGAAUAUUCGAAGUACAAUCUUGGCGUGAGAAACAAAGGUUUACUCGAGAAUGUGUACGAGACGAAGUCAGAGCUUUAAGAGAGGAAAAGAAUUCCACGGAGCUACUUUUAGAAUAUUUGCAAGUGCCGUUGAUGGUGGUAUCUCAGUGUCUCACAAACAGAGACCAAAGAGUCCCUCCUGAAUUAACUACAGAUCAGUUAGGUGAAGAGUUAAGGAAGGAACUCCACAUAAUAGAGAACAGCAAGCGCGUUUUAACUGACGUUUGUCACAUGGGCUGGGAGAAGAUAAAGGAGUUACAGAAUGUUUUCUGCAGACUGGAUCGAGAGAUACAGAAUAAAGACGAAACAUUGCAACUGGAAUACAAUGUUAAAGAUUUGAAUAGAGAAUGUUCAAAUAUAUCGUAUCAACUUGACCCUACGAGAAUUCCCGCCGAAUCAAUGUCUGAAGAAAGCUACGUGAAUUGUAUAGAGAAUACAAUAAAAAUCGCCAACCAGUUGAUGACAGAAUCCAAAGAGCUAAGAGAGACAAUGUACAAGAGUAGGGAACAAGCCAAGAAUCAGAUGUACGCACAGUCGCAGGAAGUUGAGAUGUUUAUGAGGAGACGUGUCUACGAUAUACAAAGGGCUAGGAAUGAAAUGGAAUGGCAAAAGACUAAGUUAGAAACAAACUUGCAAAAGGUAGAUAGAGAGAUAGAGUGUCUGCGAGCUGCGGUCGCGGACAAAAUAAAUCCGACAAAGUUGGUCGAAACAAGAUUGGAGAUGCGCACGCGAAGACCGGUACUCGAAAGAGUUCAGGAUAAACCGAUGCGAGGACUGAUAGAAGAAUAUGAAAGGAUCCAUACAAGUUCUAGUUUGUUGGAGAAAAAACUGGAAGACGCAUUGACAACAUACCACGGAAUGUACAACCACUAUCAGCGCGUGAUCAAAGACUUGGAGUACAAGAACCAGGCUCUGGAGACGGACAGGCAACUGAUAGAGAUACGCAAACCAUUACACGCACCAAACGAGACAGAGUUUAAACGCAACAUCGGAUACUGUCAUCUAGCGGAUGAAUUGGUACCAGAAUAA